GCUCUUUCUUUGAGUCUCUGUUUCUAGUGUUCUUUGUUAUCUUGGUCCUUCUCUCUCUCUCUCUUCAGGGCGGCGAGGCGACGAUGACCGUCUUCCACUUCUUCAACUGUGCUAUCCUCACCUUCGGCCCUCACGCCGUCUACUACUCUGCCACUCCUUUAUCGGAGUAUGACACUGUUGGAACGUCUGUGAAGGCGGCUGUGGUUUAUCUUGCGACAGCUUUGGUCAAGCUUGUUUGCCUUGCCACUUUCCUGAAAGUGCCUGAAAAUGAUAAUUUUGAUCCCUAUCAGGAACUGCUGAAAGCAAUGAUUGGCUUCAUAGAUGUCGCAGGGCUCUAUUUUGCGUUGACACAAUUGACUCACCGAAACAUUUCUCAAAAUCAUAAAUUCCAGGCAGUUGGGCUUGGCUGGGCAUUUGCGGAUUCUGUUCUACACAGGCUGGCACCUCUUUGGCUCGGAGCUAGAGGAUUAGAGUUCACAUGGGAAUACAUCUUGCAGGGUCUCGAAGCGAAUGCCAAUCUGGUAUUAAAUUUGUCCCUUGCUGCACUGGGAUCACUAAUGUGGCUUAGGAAGAACAAACCCAAGACUCUUGUUCCAAUCAUUUAUGCAUUUGCCGGGAUCCUUGCAACGAUGCCUUCAAUCACUAGUUAUCUAAGUCGAGGUCUCGGCUGGAAUUUUCCAGAGGUGGUCGGCUUUGAACUGAUUUCCUCGCUGGUGAUGGCCUUCUUCAGCUGGCAGCUCUUUUCCGCAUGUCAAAAACCAUCAACAUAGCACAUUGAAAUCAAAUUAAAGGCAGAAAAUUUUUCAUUACUCUUUCAAUCUUGUCACAAUUUGGAGAUUAGACUAUUAAUCAAAACUCAUCUAGGCUUAUUAUUUGCUCUAGUAGAUUGAGAUUGUAACCUCAUAGACAAUGACAUUAUUGAAUGAAUGCCAAGAUCAUCGAGUUUAUCAUCGAAA